AUGUCUAAUCUAGCCUCUCACUUAGAUACAUCCGCGACCUUGGGGCGCGUAGCCCCUGCGGAGAAGCCAACAAAGCCUCUUAUUCUCCUCUGUGACGGCACUUGGUGUGGCCGGGAGGCGGAUACUAAAAGUAAUAUUUAUAAACUGGCUGAAAGGGUUGGGUUCAACUUCCAAGAUGAGGCUGAGGCGCACCGAGACACUAGCAGAGUCUGCUACAUUGAAGGCGUGGGUAUUGGGAGCUCUUUUUCAGAUUACAUAUUCAAUGGUGUCACAGCGCAGGACAUUGCGCGCCAGUGCGUUGAAGCUUAUGAAUUCAUCGUCCAUAAUUAUACAUAUCCAGAUCAUGAAAUCUGGAUGUUUGGUCUCUCUCGAGGUGCCUACUUAGUGAGAGCUGUUGCUGGUAUGAUUAACAACUGCGGAAUCAUCAAACCAAUAACUUUGGACGGGGCAAUUGAUAUACCGCAAACUCGUCUACUUUGCGAAGCUGUAUACGAUAUCUAUCGUUCCUCUUAUUCUGUUGAUGCACCGCACUCUGAACAGUCACAUACCUUCAGGCGGCUCAAGUCCUGGCCACUUAUCGGCGAUGAAGACCGAGCGAAUUCCACGGCACCAAGGUUCCUUCCUCCCAUAAAAUUCAUGGGCCUGUUCGACACAGUGGGCGGCCUGGGAUUGCCAGAAUUUACUGGAGGUGUGGGCUUAGACUGGCCAGCCUUUUAUGAUCAAAACGUUUCCACUGCAGUCGAGAAUGUCUACCACGCUGUGUCGCUACACGACAGGCUCUAUGUAUUUCAACCUUGUCUAGUGAACCGAAAUGCGAAGAGGCAUAACAAAUAUUGGGGAAAUUUCGGCGUUACAAAGGAAGAGUGGCUUCCUGGUAUGCAUUACGACCUCGGUCGUCAGAGAUUCAGAUUUCUACGGGAGUUUGGGGGUGGAAAGCUGGAACAAGUCCUUGCCCGUUGGAGAUUCGCCAGCAAAAUCAUUGAGCCGAACCAUGUGCUUGCAGACUUUGCCCUACGAUGGAUGCUACUUGCAAUUCGCGCUCACAAUCCCCAGCAACAAGCUGCGUACCAAGUCAUUCCGAGGAUUGAUCGAUUCAUUCAAGAUCUAACCCGCGAUAUCCGAGAAAGGGCUCAAGACCCUGGUCGAGUGGGGGACGGUGACGUGUAUGGUCGCAUACUCUACUAUGCGCCCUUCGGGUCUUUUUUGUUGGACAUCAUGAGAGUGCUGCGAGGCACCAGGUGGAAAGUCUCCGCCAUCUACCAGCUUUUCUUUGACCUACGGGAUCGACAUAUACCGGACCAGGGUGCAACCGUCUACGAUUUCCGCCAUUUUGACCUAUAUAUCGCGGCAUCCCUUGAGGAAGUUGGAAAUGUUUCCGAGCAACGGUACCCAUCGAAUUCGUAUGCGAAAUGGAAAUCAAAGCAGUAG